AUGGCACCAGCUGCGAGGCCCCCUACCCCCACUCCCCCCACUGCCCCCGCUGCCCUGGGGGUCGCGAGACGGAAUCAAGCAGGCGUCCCCGCGGGGUAUCGCUGGACCACAACUCGACACAAGCGCAGCCUGCUUCACACCGGACACUGGAAAACAGGGGGUCAUAUGUUCUACCCCGUCUCCCGCCGCAGCCAAAGACAUAUGUGUUCGUACGUGCUGUCGUCGGAUGUAUACGUAUGUAGGGUAAAGGCACUCAAGAAGCUCAGAUUCUUGAUUGUUGGCAACCCUGCAACUUCUACACCUUACACACCACCUCUAGAGCUCAGAUUCUUGAUUGCUGGCAACCCUGAAACUUCUACACCUUACACACCACCUCUAGAGCUCAGAUUCUUGAUUGCUGGCAACCCUGAAACUUCUAUACCUUACACACCACCUCUAGAGCUCAGAUUCUUGAUUGCUGGCAACCCUGCAACUUCUACACCUUGCACACCACCUCUAGAGCUCAGAUUCUUGAUUGCUGGCAACCCUGCAACUUCUACACCUUACACGCCACCACUAGAGCUCAGAUUCUUGAUUGCUGGUAACCCUGCAACCUCUACACCUUACACACCACCUCUAGAUCUCAGAUACUUAAUUGCUGGCAACCCUGCAACUUCUACACCUUACACACCACCUCUAGAGCUCAGAUUCUUGAUUGUUGGCAACCCUGAAACUUCUACACCUUACACACCACCUCUAGAGCUCAGAUUCUUGAUUGCUGGCAACCCUGCAACUUCUACACCUUGCACACCACCUCUAGAGCUCAGAUUCUUGAUUGCUGGCAACCCUGCAACUUCUACACCUUACACGCCACCACUAGAGCUCAGAUUCUUGAUUGCUGGUAACCCUGCAACCUCUACACCUUACACACCACCUCUAGAUCUCAGAUACUUAAUUGCUGGCAACCCUGCAACUUCUACACCUUACACACCACCUCUAGAGCUCAGAUUCUUGAUUGUUGGCAACCCUGAAACUUCUACACCUUACACACCACCUCUAGAGCUCAGAUUCUUGAUUGCUGGCAACCCUGCAACUUCUACACCUUACACACCACCUCUAGAGCUCAGAUUCUUGAUUGCUGGCAACCCUGCAACUUCUACACCUUGCACACCACCUCUAGAGCUCAGAUUCUUGAUUGCUGGCAACCCUGCAACUUCUACACCUUACACGCCACCACUAGAGCUCAGAUUCUUGAUUGCUGGUAACCCUGCAACCUCUACACCUUACACACCACCUCUAGAUCUCAGAUACUUAAUUGCUGGCAACCCUGCAACUUCUACACCUUACACACCACCUCUAGAGCUCAGAUUCUUGAUUGUUGGCAACCCUGAAACUUCUACACCUUACACACCACCUCUAGAGCUCAGAUUCUUGAUUGCUGGCAACCCUGCAACUUCUACACCUUACACACCACCUCUAGAUCUCAGAUACUUAAUUGCUGGCAACCCUGCAACUUCUACACCUUACACACCACCUCUAGAGCUCAGAUUCUUGAUUGCUGGCAACCCUGCAACUUCUACACCUUACACACCACCUCUAGAGUUCAGAUUCUUGAUUGCUGGCAACCCUGCAACUUCUACACCUUACACACCACCUCUAGAGCUCAGAUUCUUGAUUGUUGGCAACCCUGAAACUUCUACACCUUACACACCACCUCCUGAGCGAAGUAGAAGUUGA